CCAUGCUUCAGGCUGGAUCGGAGUCGCAUUCAGUCCACAUUCAAAGCACGCGAGGAAAUGAAUGAGAGUCUCUGAUGUAUAUAUGACUGCUUCGCCCUUGCUGUGAGACGCAACCAUGUGAAGACACUACACUACUGGUGUGUAACUGCUGCCUCUCGUCCCCUUGGAAAAGCUCCCAGACAACAGCAGACCCAUGAUGUGCAGUGCACAGCAAGCCGAUGAAUGCACUGCUCUCUGCACAGUGCAGCAGCAAAUCGCAAUGCAUCGAUUUUAAUGCAGUCAGCUGCCGGUUGUCCGGUCGCGGAGGAGUUUUUGCUGAAGAGGGCCUGCCCCCGGAACGUAGCCUGAAUGCAAAGAGAGAUACAGCAACAAGGCAGGUGCCCAUCUUGAGGCGACUGCAGCCGGUUGGAUCUGCCUCCUCACCUUGCCCUUUCGCGACUGCCUCCGGUCCACCUUGUGCGUACACGCCCGUAUACGUGCUCUUGUCGUCGUGAAACUUGGUGUACUCAGCCUUGGUGGCGUUGUAUGUCGGGCCCUGAGUGGUCUCGAUCUGACAUGACAACCAUAUGGAACGGCAUACUCACGGAGACAUGUAUGUGUCAGUGUGGAUGAUUGUCUUCUCUCACCUUCUGUCUGAUGGCGUCCUCUGAGACUUUCUUCUUUUCGGCAAUCAAAAUGAGGGCGUUCUCGAACUCUGUGAAUGUGAUUUUGCGUGCUGCGGGGCCGCUUUUGACCUUGGCGAAUGUGAGGUCGGCGUCGGUGGUGCUGAAGUCCUUCUCAAUCACCUUCGUCUCCUGCAGGGAGAAAGAAUGUCGCGCCAGCUCGUCCACCGAUAUCUCUCUGUCCUUGCCUUGAGCAGCUUGACAAAUGAUCGCCCGUCCAGCUCGCUCUGACCCCCGCUGAAGGCCAAAAAGGCCGAGUGAAGCGCGCCAAGCGAGGCACCUAUAUCCCAACAAGCAAGGUGCACUUUAGUAAAGCCCUCGUGUCUCUCUUAUCGAUGUGCGUCUUACUUCCGUCCUCGAAGUUGAUCUCGCCUCGCUCUUUCAUGCCAGAUAUCUUGGUGGCAGCCGCACAGAGCUUCUUUGCAGCAGCAGGGUCGCGGAGGAGCACGUCCUUGAAAUAAGACUGACAGAAUAAACGCACAAGUGCAUGUUGAGCUCGCUGGCGAAUGUCCUCUCCUCACGUACGUGCCACUCCGAGUAUUCGAUGAUGCCGUUCUUGUUGACGUCUAUCGAGUCGAAUUGUUUGUAGUCGCUCUGGAGCUGCGGCACCUCCAGGGCCAGCUUGCCGCUCACCUUGAUGUACUCGUCAACGCUAAAACAGGACACGAGCACGUGUGUCGGUCAGUCUACGUGCAGCUCAUCUGAUGGGUACCUGAUGUGGCCGUUGCCAUUCAGGUCGAAUAUGAGGAAGAACUCCUGCAGGCAAACAUCGAUUCGGUGACGUGCAACAGCAGGAGGAGACACGAUCACAGUGUAUCCACCUGGAUGCAGGCGUCGAGCUCAGGGUUCUGCAGACCAAACAGGCCGAUCAACAGCCAAAUUAUCAACAGUGAUGGUGUCUGUCUGUCUUGGUGUAUCGGCCGGUGCUCAAGCACCUCGGUCUCCCAUGUCUUCUUUCCCUUGUCGGCGGCCUCGACUUUGCCCGCGACCACCUUGCGGCCCUGUGUGGGAGGGCUGGCCUUGGCAUCGCCCUCUCCCUCACGCAGACCCUUCACACCUACAGAUGGACAAAUCCAAUCCAAUUGGUGUUGGCAGUGCAGUCUCUUCCUUCCCAUCUGCUUUACUAUCGCCAUGCUCACCGCGCUCAUUUGCGUUCGAUCUGUCGGCGAACUGGGACAGGUCGGUAUAGUUGCUGCGUCCAGCGUCGAUUGUCGUCGGGCCACCGUGCUGAUGGACACCCGUGUAGGUCGAUUUGUCGUCGUGGAACCGCACGUUGUCAGCCACCGUCCCCGUCAGAAUGGGGCCCUCAGCGCUCGCCAGACGCUCAAUAAGAGCGUCUAGGGCGCAUCCUUUCUGAAACAAACAGACCCACUCGAUGGUCAGUGCCGUGGCUGUGUCUUGUGUCUGUGUGUCCAAGUCACCUUCUCUGCGACGAAGCCGAGGGCAAGAUUGAACUGCUCGAAGGUGAUUCUCUUUGCGCCUUUGCUCUUGACUUUGGUGAAGAUAAGAUCUGCACAGGAAAGAGUAAUAGUGACAACCACUGCACGGCUUCUGAGUGUGUGCUCUGGCUGCCGGGUCUACCGGCGUCGGUCUGUGUGUAUUUGCCGUCCAGCAGCUUGGUGUCCCUGAACAGCUUCACGAACUGUUUGCUCUCCAUCUCCUGCGCCCCUGCACGACAGAUACCAACCCGCACUCUCACACACGCGGACACACAGACACAAACACGUGACGUGGGUGUGUCCUGCUUGCCACCAGUGAAGUCCAAGUACGUCUUCAUCAAACCCGACAUGGUCGAAGGAGAAGAGGAGAGGGGAAGAGGGAGAGAAGAAAGCCUGAGGGAGAGACUGCCUCGGGAGAG